AUGCGUUUAGUCCCACGAGAGCUCGACAAGCUCGCCAUCUCUCAAUUGGGCUUCCUCGCCCAGAGGAGAUUGGCUCGGGGUGUGAAGCUCAAUCAUUCCGAGGCUACGGCUCUCAUCGCCAGCAAUCUCCAGGAGCUCAUCCGCGAUGGCAACCACACCGUGGCUGACCUCAUGGCCCUGGGCUCUACCAUGCUCGGCCGCCGCCAUGUCCUCCCCACGGUCUGCAGCACCCUUCAUGAGAUCCAGGUCGAGGGCACCUUUCCCACCGGCACCUACCUUGUCACUGUCCACAACCCUAUCAGCACAGAUGACGGCGACUUGAACCGUGCAUUGUACGGGAGCUUCCUGCCCGUCCCAAGCAACGACCUGUUCCAGCUCCCUCUCGCGUCAGAGUAUGAGCACACCAACCAGCCCGGCGCUGUGGUCUGUGUAAAGGCCAAGGUCGCCCUCAACCAGAAUCGGAACCGCAUCAAGCUGAGGGUGACGAGCAGGGGAGACCGCCCAAUCCAGGUCGGCUCGCACUACCACUUCAUCGAGACGAACCCCCAGCUCGAGUUCGACCGCGCCAGGGCGUACGGGUACAGGCUGGACAUCCCGGCGGGCACGUCCGUCCGCUUCGAGCCCGGCGACACCAAGACCGUCACGCUGGUGGAGAUUGGCGGCAACAAGGUCAUCCGCGGCGGCAACAACAUGGCGACCGGCCUCGUGGAGCUCUGGCGCGUGGACGAUAUCGUGGCCAAGCUCCAGCAGGCCGGAUUCGCGCAUGCGCCGGAGCCUGCGGGCGACGCCGCCCACAUCAGCGUGUUCGAGAUGGAGCGCGGCGCCUAUGCGACCAUGUUUGGGCCUACCACUGGCGACGUGGUCCGUCUGGGCAACACGGAUCUCUGGCUCAAGGUUGAAAGGGACAUGACUGUGUAUGGCGACGAAUGCAAGUUUGGAGGCGGCAAGACGCUUCGCGAGGGUAUGGGCCAGGCAACCGGGCGGCCGGAUGCCGAGUCGUUGGAUAUGGUUGUGACGAACGCCCUGAUCGUGGACUGGUCCGGUAUCUAUAAGGCGGAUAUCGGUGUCAAGGACGGGCUCAUCGUGGGGAUUGGAAAGGCUGGUAACCCGGAUGUUAUGGACGGCGUCACUCCAAACAUGAUCGUCGGCAGCUGCACUGACGUCGUGGCAGGCGAGGGCAAGAUCAUCACCGCUGGUGGUAUUGAUACUCACAUUCACUUCAUUUGCCCGCAACAGGCGCACGAGUCUCUUGCGUCUGGAAUCACCACAAUGCUGGGAGGUGGUGUCGGUCCAAGUGCCGGUACAAGCGCAACGACGUGCACUCCUGGCAAGAACUAUAUGCGCCAGAUGCUUCAGGCUUGCGACGAGCUGCCUCUCAACAUUGGCAUCACGGGUAAGGGCAACGACAGUGCUCCUGACGCCCUGCGAGAACAGGUCCGCGCCGGCGCCUGUGGUCUCAAGUUGCAUGAGGACUGGGGCAGCACACCGGCUGCCAUCGAUUCUUGCCUGUCGGUCUGUGACGAACUCGACGUGCAAUGCCUAAUUCAUACGGACACUCUCAACGAGUCUGGUUUCGUGGAAUCCACCAUCGAGGCCUUCAAGAACCGCACCAUCCACACCUACCACACCGAGGGCGCUGGCGGCGGCCACGCCCCGGAUAUCAUCUCUGUUGUCGAGCAUCCCAACGUGCUCCCCUCGUCCACGAACCCGACGCGUCCCUUCACCCGCAACACCCUAGACGAGCACCUCGACAUGCUCAUGGUCUGCCACCACCUGUCCAAGAACAUCCCCGAGGACGUCGCGUUCGCGGAGAGCAGGAUCCGCGCCGAGACCAUCGCCGCCGAGGACGUGCUCCAUGACCUCGGCGCCAUCAGCAUGAUGAGCUCCGACUCGCAGGCCAUGGGCCGCUGCGGCGAGGUCAUCCUCCGCACGUGGAACACAGCCCACAAGAACAAGAUCCAGCGCGGCACGCUCAGCGAGGACGAGGGCACCGGCGCGGACAACUUCAGGGUGAAGAGGUACGUGAGCAAGUACACCAUCAACCCCGCCCUCGCGCAAGGGUUCGGCCAUCUCGUGGGUAGCAUCGAGGUCGGCAAGCUCGCCGACCUGGUCGUCUGGGAUCCCGCCUGGUUCGGGACCAAGCCCUCGCUCGUCAUCAAGAGCGGCCUCAUCGCGUCCGCCCAAAUGGGCGACCCGAACGCCUCCAUCCCGACAAUCGAGCCCAUCAUCGCGCGGCCCAUGUUCGCGCCGUUCGUGCCCCAGACGAGCGUGCUCUUCGUGUCCGCGUCGUCCAUCGACUCGGGCGCCAUCGCGUCGUACGGCCUGCGCAAGCGCGUCGAGGCCGUGAGGGGGUGCCGCGGCAUCGGCAAGGCGGACAUGAAGUACAACGACACCAUGCCUCGCAUGAGGGUCGACCCGGAGAGCUACACGGUCGAGGCGGACGGUGUGGUAUGCGAGGCGGCGCCCGCGGAGACGCUUCCGCUCUCGCAGCCCUGGUUCGUCUACUAA